AUGAACAAUUCAAAGCACCUCCGUUACUUAGACCUUUCUGACACCAGAAUUGAAAAUUUACCAGAUUCAAUUUGCAAACUGUAUAAUUUGCAAACUUUGAAAUUGCAUUGUUGCACUCAAGUUGUUGAGUUACCUCCAGAUUUGCACAAAUUGGUAGACCUGCAUUAUCUUGACCUUUCUAAAACUAGGAUCAACAGGUUACCUGAUUCGCUUUGUAAGCUGCAUAAUUUACAAACAUUGAAACUGCAGGCAUGUCAAUAUUUGGUUGAAUUGCCACCUGAUUUUCACAAUCUCAUUAAUCUCCAUCAUCUUAAGAUAAGUGGGACUAGUAUAAGGGAGAUGCCAAACAACAUGGGAAGGUUAAAACAUCUUCAAAUAUUGACUAGCUUUUAUGUGGGAAGGCACAGUGGGUCUAAUUUGAAGGAGUUAGGGAAACUCAAUUAUCUUCGAGGCAGUCCUGAGAUGGAAAAUAUUAAUGACAUUGUAGAUGCUAGGGAAGCCCAUAUCAAUGAUAAGAAGUACUUCUAUAAAUUGGAUUUGCAAUGGAGUGGAAACAAUGAAGAUUCACAGAGAGAAAGGUUCACCUUGGAAGGUCUUCAACCUCAUGUUAACUUGAAAGAGCUUGCUAUUAGAAACGUUGGUGGUACAAGAUUUGCAGACUAG